AUGCCACCAAUCGUACGAAAUUCCAAACCAGAAAUCAUUCUGAUCAACCAUCAAUACAAGAAAUCUAGAAACCAACAAAAAGGACUCGUGGAAAGAACAACGACAAUGGACAAUUCACGGCUUCCUUAUGAUGAUACACUCUUCUUAUGGUUCAGCUGUUGGUCCGGUCCACCGCAGUCUACUUCUUCUGAAGUAUUUGAGGAGGGAGUAGACGAAGAAGGCGUGUUCGAAUGGUUGACAGAACACGUAUUCUGUGAUGAUGGUUCUUCUUUCUUCAACUCGGAAUCGAUCCACUUGAUGGAUCCCUUGUUAUUUGAAAACGUUUGCCAUAAUUUUCCGUUGGGUCGGGAGAUUGACUUCUGGUCGGAUUCAAUCAUAUGGAAUAUGCCGGAAGCAGAGGUGGAUUCUGCGACGUUACGAGGUGUGGGAUACGAUUCCUUCAACUAUACGAUAUGGAAUGUUAGUUUUCCGACCUAUAGAUUGGGCGAUAUGGACACACAAAGAAAUCUGCAAAGAUCACUGGAGCUCAAGCUACAAAAUAAUUACAUCGCCCAAGAUUCCUUGGACGGGUGUAGGGUAGCUGUAGUGGGGAAGGAAGCAGAGUUCUGGCUCUCAAACAGGAUAAGCCAGGAAGAAAAAGAUGUCGUGCUGUCAGUCGGUAUAAUAUUCCUCGUCGUACAGACGUUGGCUCUGAUUGUUGUUCCUUUUGUCGGAAGGAAGCUAGCACUGCGCGAGUCUCGCCGCAAGGAACUAGGCCUGGCAGCCACCUCAAGCGAGGAAGAAGUAUUUUCCAGCGAACGGCACUCCAUAGAUGAAAUGAUCAGAACCUCGAAGGGUUACAUCGACUUUGAUGUAUCGCAAUCGAAAGAUAUUGAACAAAAUGUAGGCGACGUCGAGCGAAGUCACCAUUGA